AACAGGAGGUAAUAUAACCUAGUGAUGCACAGACUACACCUCAUGAAAAUUGAAAAAAGAAAAAGAAGAAAAAAAAAAACACACAGCCCUGCCAGCUGACUGGUAUACGGGACCUUUAAUGCAGCUGCAGCUCUUCAUUCAGAUGCUGAGUGGAGCAGAGGAGACCAGAGGAGGGACGCCUUUCACGAGGGGCAACCAGAUAAGCUCGGUUCUAAUCGCGUUUUUUCAAAAGACCACUUUGAUCCAUAGGGAUUUUUCCCCCUUUUAUUGCUUAUAAUAUUCAGCCGGGGAAGCGCCGUCCUGGAUACAGACUGAGCGGAUUGCGGCAAUCAAAGCGUCCUGAAUGAUCGGAGCUCGGCAGCAGCAGCAGCAGCAGCAGCAGCAGCAUCACAUUGUAUGAAAUGCGUCACCGCGAUCCGGUUUUCCCAUUCACACACAUCGGCUCUCCACUCACGGACUGUUUCCCGCACUGACUAUUUCCUCAGGUAACCACAUGCGCGGGCCGGUGUCUCCGCGCUGAGCCCGGAGAGCACGAAGGGUACUGGGGUCAGAGAGACAAGAGUGCCCGGGGGGAAACGGUGGACCGGAUGACAGCCAGAACCGGAACCGAGGCCUCGGGGCUGUCGGUGCCGCCGCACCGCUGUCACGGGGAGGGCUUCCCGGCCAGCAACGGCACCUGCGCGGAGCAGCUCAGCCUCCUCGCGCCCUUCUCCUCCACCCUCGCGCUCCUCGUGCUGGUGGCCGUGCUCGUGGGGAUCGUCCUCGUUUCCCUGGCAACCUUCCACUUCCACAAGAGGAAGCUCCGGAACAGGAAGAUCCAGCGCGCGCAGGAGGAAUACGAGCGCGACAGUCGCAGCCCGGCGCGCGCCGGUGCGAGCGGGGAGCCCGUGAGGCCGUGCGUCAUCGUGCGACCCGUGCGCUGCGAGGAGAAGCUCUCGUGCCAGCAGCAGGGCGCGCAGAGCGUGGACGUGGAGGCGGAGGACGAGCACGAGACGGUUCCUCUUGACUGUUAACUUCAGGGAACGAGACUGUGGAAUAAACAGGAAAAGCAAUAAGGCACAAAGAACCCCCCCUCCACCCCACCCCCCACCCAAAAAAAAGAAACACACAUCUCUGCUGCUUGUAGGUGAUUUAGAAACAAAAAAAAAAAAAACACGCAGAAUACUGAGCAGAAUAAGCCUAGAGGUUAACACUAGAUCCACGGUGACACGCAGGUUAGCUGCGUGGCCACGUCCGUAUAGUAUUUAGCCACUUCCAUAUGGGACUCUGUAAAGUAUUUGCCUGCUUUGACUUUUUGGACCUCUCCCUCUUCCCCAGCCUUGUUCAAACCUCAAAGAUGAUUAAACUUUAACUCCUUCGUGGGAUGUGACACACACACACACAUAUGCACACACACACACAUAUACACGCACACACACAAACAUGGGCUGUGUUAAAUUAAUUAAAAGCUGGUGACACAACACAGUCCACAAUGGCUCGCUGAUCUUCCUUGGCAUGUCCUCUGACACAUACCAGUAUGUAGUUAGACUAUAAUGGAUGUUGUGGUGCUGUUAGGCAGUGCAAAGCUGCACAUAGGCUGGCUUAUUUGUUUGCAUAGUAUUUUUUCCUUCAAUUAAGUGACUUAGCAUAUUUGCAUAAAGUACUGUCCUCCAAUGUCUGUUAGACAUCUGUAGGUAUAGCUCUAGUUAGCCUUGACAAGAUGCAAGACCUUUUUGCUGUAGUUAUGCACUUAAGAGUUUUUCCUUUAAAGUGUCAGAUAGUACGUUUUAGCGCUAAUACAGUAUUUUCUUUCUUGAGUAUUUAUAAUGUAUUCUCUGACAUGUAAUAAAUGAAAUAUUCUUCCAAACAGAGGCUUUCAGAUGGAGCCGGUCCUUUUUUUCCGAUCCUUCCUAUUGUAUCAUAGUGGGCCUAAUUGAUAUUCUGUGUCAUUUAUGAAUUGAAUUCACUGUAAAUGUAUGCCAUUAUGAGAGCUGGAAUGUUUUGCAGUAACCUCAUCUUUCUGGAGUUCAUAUAAUCUGCCUUAUCAAAGGAAAACAUGUAAUAUUCAAAGUUUAUAAAUAAAUGCGUAAUACAGAAA